AUGCCAGCAAAAAAGUCAAAAUGCAAUUUGGAAAAAGUCCCAAGAGGAGUUCGUACGAGAACCUUUGCCGACACACAUCGAAGUCUCGGAAAUUUCAGAACAACCAUAGACUACUGUGAACGCCACUUAAAGGCUACAACUGAACUUAAAGGUAGGUCGCUUGAAAGACGUCACGAGAAUAGUCGAUUAGCUACGCAAGGUUAAUAAGGUUAAUCUUGAGUUAAUGACAAAACCUAGCAUACUAGGUAAAGCGAAUUGUGGUGGUAUUAGAGUCCGCAUGAGCAAGAGAUAUUGUCUGAAAAUCUGGGAUCAAUUUAAUGAAACUCUACAAGGGUAAUGUACAAAUGUAGCUAUUGUUUUCAGACUCUAAAACAAUGGCUACACUUGUUGACCCCUGAUGUCUUCAGAAGUAAAGUUGAGUUCAUGUUUACGACAGGGAACGAAACUGAAGAGAAAGGGAUAAGUAAUGAUCCUUGCAGUUGAACGCAGUUUAUGCAAUUGCGUAGAAGAUCAUUCCUCUUUUGAUUUCAUUUCCGCAGUUCUUACAUAUGAUUUAUUUCAUAUACAUUUGUCACAUUCAUCUCUUUCACGGGAAGAGUUCAACACAUAACUGACCAGCUCGCAACAUCAGUGGUUUCAUAGCUUAGUUGGUUAGACCAUCGCACCGGUAUCGCGAGGUCACGACGGGCUCAAAGCCCGUUGAAGUCCUGAAUUUUUUUAAGGUUUUUACGCAAUUGUAUAAAUUGCGUCCACAACUGCGAGAAUCAUUCUUCAUUUGAUUUCAUUUCCGCAGUUCUUAUAUGAUUUAUUUCAUAUACAUUUGUCACAUUCAUCUCUUUCUCGGGAACAUAUGAAAACAUAAUUGACCAGCUCCCUGCAUAAGUGGCUUCAUAGUUGAGUUUAAAAGAGCAUCCACCGUUAUCGCGAGGUCACGGGUUCAAAUCCAGUAGAAGUCCUGAUUUUUUUUUCAGGCUUCUUACGCAAUUGCAUAUAUUACUUGCACAACUGCGAGGAUCAUUCUUCAUUUGAUAAGCCAGUGUUUCUAGUGUUUGUAAAGCGAGGUUGACAACGGAUAGACGAGAGUUGGUGACUUGGGUUACAGAAAAGUGUCCGAUGUCCGUAUUAACCUCAGCCGUAUAAAAAAUGUUAAUAUAGUAAAUAUAUUGAGCUUUUCGCGGGGACAAACGAACCGUCCGUCAAAUACGGGUGUCCGUAUUUAGCGUCAGUGUCCUGAUUCACCCUUUUACAAAUGGUAAACAAAUUAUACUUUGAAUAUGAACUCACAAUUGACCUGCCCUCCAACAGCUAAGUGAGUUUGUUUUAUUUUUGUGUUUUUACAACAAGGUGACCUCAAGGCGGCAAACAUCGAAGACGUCAUUACCAGUGAAGGAGGUAUAGUGGCUGGAAAGAAUGUCAGGUUGGUUUGCCCCACUGGAGCUGUUGACGAUUCCUUGUCUGUAAAGAUAACAUUAGAGGAUCCGUCAAAUUACUAUUGUAUGAUCGCCUCAAAGGAUCUUGAAAAUGAUGUCAUGAUAGCUGCACCAAUCGUAAAUCUUCAGCCCAAUGGCCAUUUCUUUAAGAAACCCCUUACGUUGACAACUGCACUCAAAAUCAAGCGUUUCAAGAGAGACGAUGUUUUCAUUUUGCAUGGCGCAGAGGCUAGAGAUGGAAAGAUCACAUGGCAAGACGUCACUCGAAACUCAAAGAUCAAUCAGGCAACCGCAGAAGUAGUCAUUGAAUUGGAGCAUUUCUCACUUAUUUUGGUUCUGUUACGUUGGACGUUGAUCUGCGCUAAAGACAUUCUGUCCAGGUUCGAUUUACUGUCGUUUAAGUAUACGUUAGUCGUGUUGUUGAACAAGAACAUUCCCUCUUCAGUCCACGAUGUGCUUGCUCUACUGUUCGUGAGCCAAGACCUCUGUCAUGAACAAUUCUACAGAGAGAACGAGACCUCAGCCCUAGUACAGCUCAAGAAGGAAGGUUUUGUGGAGGUCCACUUGCGUUCCGCUGACGGAUUCGAUGAAAAGCGAAUCUACAACCAUGAAAACCUUCAAGUGAGCAUUCAACUCGGGGAAGACUACAAGCUAGCUGACUGCCAGGACAGAAUAAUUAGUUUCAGUGUAGAUUCUUCUGUUUGGUGGAGUGGAGGAAAGGUAAUCAAACUUCCUCUGGAAUGGAAAAGCGAAGUGCGAUGUCUGUGUGGGACAAUCAGUGUACAAGGAGAAAAUGGGCAUGAGAGCAAGAGGCAUUUUAGCGAAGGAGGUAAAUGUGUGUAGCUAUAGCAUACUCAACCUAGAAUUAUGCCCAUGGUGUCAUCGAUCAGGUCCACGACAGUGGUAUGUCUUUUCUGCAACGCUAUUCAGACCGGGGAGUUGGACUUUUGAAGCCCUCCUUACUAAAAACUUUACAAAUCGAAUAGCUUAAAAACCGUUCGAGCUAUAACCGCUGUAUAACUUUGGUGGCCGUAUCAUGAGCGGUUUUGAAGUUACUGUUAGGGAGGGUCUCCGAAGUUUCCCGUGGUCACAGGAAGCAAAAAUAAAAAAGCCAGUCUGGGUAGAGUUAAACUAAGGGCGCUUACUAUUUGUCAGAACUGGCCGGCCAGACCAUUCCUAAAUGAAUAAGAAUUUCAAUGUCCGGGCAGACAAUUCCUAGAUAAUAUGCAUUCAGUUGAUGGAUUUUGAAGCGAAAACCCUUUAAAAAAGCCUAUUUCAGUUUGGUUAACGCCCUAAAGUUUGGCCAUUUGUUGAUGACUGAUGUAGUCUGGUUUUUGUCAUUGCUACAACAUCAACCUUAAACACAUAGAGUGAAAGAAUGGUGAAUUUGGGUGUGUGUGUGUCUGGAGGGGGGGGGGGAAGGUAUUUGUUCAAGACCGCACUCGAGACCUUUUAGGCAGUUUAAAGAAAGCCAGAUGUUAAACCAAAAGUAAACUUCUCUCUUUUAUUUAGGGCAUUUUGUAUGGCACAUGUGACACCAUGCUUGACCACCUAGGCCAUAUAAGUUCCUGGUUCUGACAUGUCAUUAGUGUUUUUCUUCAUCUUUACUGUGUUAAAGAGGGCCAGAUAAGUAAGCCAACUCCGUGAAUUUUAGGGCUUUAAUACCCGCAAAUACAGUACGCACGACACUUUGGUACCUUCCAACCAGUCCCAUGAGUAAAACUCACUUUGUUCUUUAGUUUGGUAUAAAGAAGUAAAUAAAGGCUCCUGAGUUAAAGACCUUUCGUUAUAAAUGUAACAACAUGCAUGAAUUCGUGUUUCUUCAACAGAUCCUUGUAAUUAUUUAAGAAGGCUACUGGGGUUGGAACAGGACACCGCAUUUAACGUCGUAACUAUUGCUGAGACUCUUAAGGUUCCUAAAGAGUCAAUAAAUGAAAUGAUGAAAAGUUGGAAGGACGACGAUGAGCAGUUGAAACUAAUUUUACAGCCAUGGUCGGAAGAGAGUGCUGACGCAGAAAAUCUUUCUUCUUACAGAAGUCUUCUGGAGGGCUUAACUCGCGAAGGUUAGUUGUGCUUCAGGCGGCUUUGUGUCGUUAUUAUCAGUAAUUAUGGCGCGAUGAAUCUUUUAAUUUCCUACUCGGCAUAAAAUUUAAAGCGCGUUAUUGUUGAGUGGUAGAGGCAUAAGAUGUUGAAAACUAUUUUUACUCCUAGUUUUUCAUCCCAGUCUUUUUCCGCCUUCUUUAUUUUCUUCAUUUGGCAGAACGUAAAAAAAAUAUUUAUCACCAGUUAAAUCGAAUUUUUUCGCAUUAUUACUGCCGAUAGCUGUAGGUCCUCUGAAAUUUUAUUAGACAUCGCGUUAAAACCAAAAAAAAGUUAUUGGAUAUAGUAUGUCAUAAUUCAAUGCCGCGCCUCAGCCUAUAGUAACAACGGAGCUACCUUAAGGUCUCUACCUUCCAUAGCGAUUAGCCACUUUUACAUUCUUUAAACUACUAUAUAUUUUGUUAAAAAAGAUGGAACGGUUGGUCGGUAUCCGCCUUCGCUGGCUUCACUAAAAAACGUUUUGUGGGUAGGGUAAAUGGGUGGGGAAAAGGGUUUACACCGCCUAUGCCAAGAAAAUCGGAAAUGAGCCACUGGCAACGUAAGGAAGUAAACUGACAAAGCUUAACAGCCUUCACAAACGACAGAUUACUACCUUAUUAGAAUUUGACGGUUAUUUCGUUUGACGGUUAUUUCGUUCGACAGAUUACUACCUUAUUAGAAUUUGACGGUUAUUUCGUUUGUUGGGAGAGUGGUUAAGAGAAUAAUUUAUGCUCUGAUAUUUUUUGUCACCAGAAUACAGAGUUACACCAAGGGGCCAGAUGCAUAUCAGCCAUCUGAGACAGCUUGCCUUGAAGAUAACCGGUUUACAGGGCAUCAACACCGAUAUAGUGAAGAAUUUUUCCUGUAAAGCUACAACACUCUGUAAGUCUGUGUUAAGAGAUUGUUGUAUCGAAUUAGGAAUUUCUCCUGAGGAUGUGGAAAGAACCGCCUCGUCUUCUAAUCAAGCAGAUUAUUUUAUCGAACCUUUCAUCAAAUGUCAACAACUAUCUGAUGAAAUUGCGAAAAACUAUAAACGAGUAUCUUCAUUUCCUAAAGAACUGAACACCAGAUUUUUCCUGGCCAUUGUUCCUCACCUCAUUCAAGACAUCAAGGAAAUUUUCGUUGACCGUGAUAGGUUAGUGCCGCAAAAUGGCUUGAAGGGUCUUCCUGAGAAAGAUAUCAAUCAAUUUUUGUCAAGCGUUUCGAAUGCCCAACAGUACAGCAGAUUCAAAGAACUUGUGUAUGUGGAGUGCCAAAUUCUUGAGAAGUUGUGCCUUGAGAAUCGCAACCAGACGUCAGCCGCUGAAAUUACGAAGUGGAGCGAACGUCUAGCCAUUGACCAAAUGCUUAAUUUUCUAGCAAGGUUUUUCCAGGACUGCGAGGCCGACAUUAAGCUGUGUAAGAGAUUAGACCUUUUUUGUUGCCGCCUACGAGACACAUUGUUAACCGAUGACAAGGGGGUAGACGAAGAUUUCAUGCAAGAUUUUUCCAACGUAAUAAGAGAGCUACUUGAUUUCGCCAAGUUUGAUCCAUCGAAACUGGUGAGAUUUGAACUGGUUGAUUCGAAAAACUCCCCAUUGUCUUGUAACUCGUCUGAUGUUGACAACGUGGAGCACGACGAGUAUGACGGCACAUACUCUCAAAGGUUCAUUAUCAAGAAAGAAUCGGAGGAUGAGCUUCAACUGGGUGCGGCUGCAUGUGUGCACAUUGAUGGGUCAAUUUGCAAGAAAGGAGCAUUCCAGUCAGUUAUUAUGCUGAAUCAAUCUGGCAUGGAUGCAUUUAACAGAUGCAUGAGUCGCUUCGCUACAGCUGACAUUGCGGUAAUGAAAAUGGAAGCCAAAAACACGCAUUCGGGAAAUCUUCAAAUAGUUCUGUAUGCUUCACAAAAGGAGAAGCUAUCAGAAUUGAUACAGAUCUUCAAACGAGAACUGAGUGAAGACAAGGUGGACUUGAGCCACUCUGAGGUCUCUCAGUGUUACCUUUCAAUGCGUUGUAUUGACUUCACCAAAGAAAAGGUCCUAAGACUCCGUCUAGUGUACAAAUGGGGUUCGGAAGCUGUUGCUCUGGACAGUAAUGACUUUGUGACCUUUUCCGAUUACUCAGCUGGCGGCGCUUGUUUACCAGUAGUAAAAAGUUUUGGUGGUAAGUUUGAUUCAUUGUUUAUUGUUUGUGUCUGUUUAUCCCACCCUAUUAAAGUUUAAUCAAUCCUUUGCUUUGCUACGUCCCACGGUCAAUUUUUAAACAAAUUUUCGAUACUAUUAUACAAUGUAAUCAGUGUCUAUCCGUCUUACUGGCUUGGGGCCUACAGUUAAUUCUGAAUAUCAGUGCACCCUUCAGUUAAUUCAGUUAUCCACUACUACGUAUACAUAACUGAAUAAUCUAAUGAAAAGGCCAGCGCAACGCAUGAUUUCCAAAAAUAAUACCAAGUACACGUUUGGCGAGUGACACUUAAUAUUACUCGGUGCUUUUUCGUUCGGGGAUUCUUCUGUUUCCAAUAAACUCCUUACGAAAGCUGUAUCUUUCUUGCAAGCUUUUGAAGGGCCCUAGCGUGCAUCCUUGAAGACAACGUGCAAGAGAGGGCUUGAUGGUGGGAUAGAGGGCAAUGGUAACGCCCGAAUAUUUUUCAACUUCUUGCUUAAAUUGUGUAUCCUAUCUUAGAAAAAUGUUAAAAGAGCCUUCCUCGUGGGAGCGUUCGUUAUAACAGUCAUAAGAAGGAACGCGAAACGCGACAAAUGCUCGAAGAAGGGAGGUAUAAGAAGACAGGAAGGGAAAGAGGGGGGAACAGUUUAUGGAAUCGCCUUAUCUUCUAACUUGUGAUGAAAACAUUUCUUUCACUCAGGUUUGGACAACUCACUCAUGUCUGAAGAUUUGGAAGCGCUCUCACUGACGUCUGUUGGUGGCAAAUUUCCCUCGACUUCUUUUGAUCAGUUACAGAAACACGGCAGUGCGCAGUGCGGCAAAAUCGGUAACGAAAACUAAAGUGCUUUUCUUCAGUUCUGUAGAUUUCCUCAUAACUCUCAAACCAACGUCGGACGUCUAGUACUAACUUCAGAGUACAGUUGAACCUGUUUCCUCCGAAUAGAGGUGUCCAAUGUUCUCUGAACUUAGUACUAAAAGACGUUCGUUUUAGAGUUAUGGGUUAAGGUUUGUUAAUAAUUAACCAAUUCUUUUAUUCUGCCUCGGAAUCUGUUGCAGUAGUUAUUUCUACCGGCUAGAUAAUAUAUAAAAAGUCAUGAUUAACUUAUCUCUGCGAUGUUGUGUGUUGGGUUCCCAAAAGUGCAGUAAAUCGGUUUGAGUGAGAUAAUUCAUGUUUUGAAAGUACUCACCGCCCAUUGUGACUAGUGAACACUUAACUGACUUAUCAGCGAUUUUUGUGGUCAGUCACUUUUUAAAUGCUAUAAUGUGUUCCCUGAAUAAGGUUAAGCCCGGAUUUGGGACCUAGAAAAAGUGUCCCGUGUUCCUUCAAUAGCGGUAACAAAUACGAAGAUUAUGCGAGCAUUUUUCCUGGAACAAUAAUAAUACUAAUAACACUUUUAAACAGGCUCUAAACUAUUUAAAAAAUACUUUUAAAACCUUUAGGGAGAAAUAUAUAGAUAUUUUCAGAGAGAUCCUGAUGGCAUGCCUUUCUACACCAUUAGUCUUCCUACAAGUACUUUUUUUUCAUCAGCUGGUAAAAAUUUAUAGUAGUUUCUCACAACGUGAGGAUAAGUAUUUCCGUCACGCGAAUGAAAGAAGCUAAUUGUUUCAUGAUAAAAAAUUUCAGUUGCGUGGGUUAUCACAAGGAGUUUUAUCGGUUACGAAAUUAAUGAUUUCUAGAAGGUGGUGGGAUAUAUGUUAAAAAUAUGUGAUGAAUCUUGUUUCAGAGUAUCACUUACAUCAGACAUUUAACCAAGUUACAAGCCCGCAGACUUGUGUGAUAGGCAACCAAGCUACUGUGAAUGAUCAGAUGCCACACCAAAGGUAAAUAUCGCCUGGAGCUAAAUACAAAGGCAGUAGUCAGUAGUAUUCUGAUACUCUUUUUGUCGGUAUGAGCUGUAAUAAACGAUUAAGCGCGUGGCGCUUAUGUAACCAACUUGAGUUGCCUAUGAUUGCAAAGAGUAUCUCAGCUUUUUGCCAAAUUGACACUUAGAGACGAAUUAUGCGACAGGUGCCCGCGCAAGAUUCAGGAUUUACCCCUGGGACCGGCAAUAUUACUCCAAAUUGAAUUUCACCCUUAGCUUUAAUACCGUCAGUACUACAUUUUAAGGACAGGCUAAUUGAUGAUCAGAGUCAGUAUCGACCAGCUAUUUAGCUGUUGGGUCAAAUAUUGCUCUUGUCAAGACAUCCUUGUUUUAUUCCCUUUCCUCUCCUUUUCCUUUUAACAGAUCAUUGUUGUGUAUUUGGACUUUACGUUUUUCUUACGAUCGUUUAUGUUUUGCCAAAUGUUGAUGCAUGUAUUUUUUUAAAAGGCGGUAACUGACAUUGUCGUUGACCAAUGUUUUGGUCUCUUUUACUUCAGUUUUACUGUACGAGGCGCGUUGACCACUAUUAAAUUACGUUUAAAUGCACUGAGUGAGCUCUUUGGCUAAAAACAAAAUGACGCUCGUAAUUGGUUCCGGUUAUUUUUCCCGGUUACAUUAACAUUUUGUUAUAAAUUAUUUCUUGCCUUUGCUCUCGUUUCACUGUAGACGUUCAGUGAAAAGGACUCAUCUUCGUGCGGGGCGCGGCUGAAGGCAGCGUCUGCUGUCAUUAGAGACUAGACGUUGGCGAACCAGAUAAAGGGGUGUCGAUCGUAUCAAAUAGAGGCCCCUAAGAGUGGCAGGGUCUUGCUAAAAGUUACCAUAACCGCGAUCAAACGUGACAAAUUUACAAAAGCUUAGAAAAGUACUUUAAAACUAAAGUUGUAAAUUUCAAUUCGCUGGAAAUUUACUAACAUUUUUGAGGGUUUCCUCGAAACGAUCAAAGUGUGUGAAAACUGAUCUGGCUUUUCAGUUGGUCAACACGUCACAAUUUUACUCCGGCAAGAAGCGUUUUCAACGAAAAGAAGCUCAUUGUAUUGAGAAAAAUGCAAGGAUAGUUAAAACAACUCAUUCUUUUAGACAUUCUUGGAUGCGCUUUUUUUCACCUAGUGUUAAACAAAAUCACAUGAAAAAGAAAAGCGCCUUGGACCUUUGACCGCGGUGGACGGAUACCAUACUUGGCUAGGAACGGACAGUGAAAAAAGCGAACUUAAACAUGGAAACGUUGGACCGAAGUCAACUUUAACAGAGUUCUCUGAGAUAUAUCGCUGAAACCUUAUCUGAAACGGUUGUUUAAAAGACUGGUGGACGAAUUUUUUUUAAGACUUCUGCUUGUUGUUUUAAGGUGAUGGUCAUAUAGUGAAUCAAAGUUCUAGCGUAAUUUACACGAAAACCUUGAAGGGUACUCAUAGAUCACUAUUUUUAGUUUGACUAGCGUUUUGUCUUGUAUCUUCUGUUUGUCCUUUAGAGCUCUCCCGGAGGUUUUGAACUGCUCUCCUACGAGAUCCAUUACUGAAGGAAGGAGAUCCUUACCAGAAGUUGAAGAUUCCAAAGAUAGAUCAUGA